GCGGAGCAGCCGUGCCCGCCGCCCGGGCCCCGCGCCAGGGCGCACACGCUCCGGCCCCCCCCCCCGGCCCGGGCGGGAGUUUGCACCUCUCCCUGCCCGGGUACUCGAGCCGCCGCUGCAAAGCCAACUUUGGAAAAAGUUUUUUGGGGGAGACUUCGGCUUUGAGGUGCCCAGCUCUGCGCUUUCCGACUUCGGGGGCCUUUCCAGAAAAUGUUGCAAAAAACCUAAGCCGACGGGCAGAGGAAAACGCCUUUAGCCGGCGAGCGAAGACGAACCAUCGACUGCCGUGUUCUUUUUCCUCGUUGAGGUUGGAGUCCCCUGGGCGCCCCCACACGGCUAGACGCCUCGGCUGGUUCGCGACGCAGCCCCCCGGCCGUGGAUGCUCGCUCGGGCUCGGGAUCCGCCCAGGUAGCGGCCUCGGACUCUGGUCCGGCGCCCAGGUCCUCCCCAACCCCCCAACGACGGAGCCCGGGCUGGGGGCGGCGGUGCCCGGGGGCCAUGCGGGUGAGCCGCGGCGGCGGCUGCAGCGGCCUGAGCGCCUGAUCGCCGCAGACCCGAGCAGAGCCCACCUCCCUCCCCAGCCCCCGCCCCCCACCCUGGCCGCGGGGGCGGCGCGCUCGGUCCACGCGUCCGGGGCCCCGCGGGGCCGGGCCCGGAGUCGGCAUGAAUCGCUGCUGGGCGCUCUUCCUGUCUCUCUGCUGCUACCUGCGUCUGGUCAGCGCCGAGGGGGACCCCAUUCCCGAGGAGCUCUACGAGAUGCUGAGUGACCACUCCAUUCGUUCCUUCGAUGACCUCCAGCGCCUGCUGCACGGAGACUCCGGAGAUGAAGACGGGGCUGAGUUGGACCUGAAUUUGACCAGGUCCCAUUCUGGAGGCGAGCUGGACAGCUUAUCCCGCGGGAGGAGGAGCCUAGGUUCCCCGACAGUCGCUGAGCCAGCCAUGAUCGCCGAGUGCAAGACACGCACCGAGGUGUUCGAGAUCUCGCGGCGCCUCAUAGACCGCACCAACGCCAACUUCCUGGUGUGGCCGCCCUGCGUGGAGGUGCAGCGCUGCUCCGGCUGCUGCAACAACCGCAAUGUGCGGUGCCGCCCCACGCAGGUGCAGCUGCGGCCCGUUCAGGUAAGAAAGAUUGAGAUUGUACGGAAGAAGCCAACCUUUAAGAAGGCCACGGUGACCUUGGAGGACCACCUGGCGUGCAAGUGUGAGACGGUGGUGGCGCGACCCGUGACCCGAAGUCCCGGGAGUCCCCAGGAGCAGCGAGCAGCCAGGACGCCCCAAACUCGGGUGACCAUUCGGACGGUGCGAGUCCGCCGGCCCCCCAAGGGGAAGCACCGGAAGUUCAAGCACACGCAUGACAAGAAGGCGCUGAAGGAGACCCUCGGAGCCUAGGGGCAUCUGCAGGAGAGUGCGGGCAGGGUUAUUUAAUAUGGUAUUUGCUGUAUUGCCCCCAUGGGGUCCUUGGAGUGAUAAUAUUGUUCCCCUCGUCCGUCUGUCUCGAUGCCUGAUUCGGACGGCCAAUGGUGCUUCCCCCGCCCCUCCACGUGUCCGUCCACCCUUCCACCAGUGGGUCUCCCCUCAGUGGCCUCCAGCGUCUUGCCCAGAAGCUCAAGAAGGAAAUGAAGGACCUGGACUCCAUCGCUGUCUUCCUCUCCUGACCUGGAGAAAAUGGGAUGAAAGUGCAAGAGAGACUGAUGGGGUCGCUGGUGGGGGAAAGGAGCUUCCUUCCCCAGCGCUGUGGACUGGCCUGAAACCCUGCGCGUGGGCCUGAGGACCUCUCAGCGUGGCCUGCCUGCUCCCUGGACCCGCAGCCAGCUCUGACGGGAGCACCCCCAGGCAGGCCAGGGCACUCGUACUCCUGUGGCUGAGACCGUGUUGGAGAGCAUAGACUGGAGAAAACCCCCUCCUGCGAUGCCCAGGCCCGGUCAUCCGCCCUUGGUUAGCUCUGCUCACAGUGGCUUCUUUUCAUUUUAUACGUUUGAAUUCUCUGAAGAUGCGGACUCCUCCAGGCAGGUGUGGCCAGAGCACCAGGCAGCCAAGUGCCCUCUCCGACGGGUUAGAGAUGAAGUUUGCUCCGGAGGUGGAUGGAGAUGGUGACCUGGGCAUGCUCUGCCUCCUUCCACUCCCCCUGUUCACUUUUUCCUCUGUUUCAUCUCUCUACCUCCGCCCUGUGUCUCCUCCUGUCCUGACCCUUCAGUCUGCUCCGCCAAGGGGCUCUUGGACCCCUUCCUGAGGCCGCAGAUAACCCCAGUCACUGCUCUGUAGGACAGAAGACCGGGGCCCAGGGCAGCAGAGGGCCUGCCUGUCGUAUCCCAGCCCAGCCAAGACUGCCAUGUAAGGUUGUACCGGGUGUGCACUGCACAAGGGCACUGCAUGCAGGGAGCACAGGUGACACACAACCGUAGACGUGACCAAUUUGUAUAUUUAUUAUGACAAUUUUUUGGCAGAUGGAGGUAAAGUGUCUUGAGGAAAGGGAUCCUUUUCCUAAUUGACACAAAGGCUCUGUGUGGACUGGCUGUGCUUCUGACCCAGCCCACGACUUGGAGCGGUCAGACAGGACUGAGCCCUUAGUGGGGGACAGGGGAGCAGCACUUGUCCCUGUGGCCUCCAUUUCCCCAAGUCCUCAGCUCAAGCAGUCUCCCCUUUAGGCAGGUGUGAAAAACCCAAGAGAAAGUCUCCAAGGGUAGGGGAUAGCCCUUGCUCCACCCCUGCACACACCCCUCUUCUUAGAUCUUUUUGAGUUCCAUCUCUGGUGGCUCCUCCCAGGAAACCAGCUCUUGGGCUGGGAGUGGGGGAGAAAAGGGAAAAGAUCCCCAGGGCCCCCUAGGGGUGGGGUCUGAGCUCCCACCUCCCUUUCCACCUUCUACUGCACUUUCCCUCCUCCCCCCAUCUCCUAAAUCUGCUUCCUUCAGUUUGUAAAGUCGGUGAUUAUAUUUUUGGGGGCUUUCCUUUUAUUUUUUAAAUGUAAAAUUUAUUUAUAUUCCGUAUUUAAAGUUGUAAAAAAAAAAUAACCACAAAACAAAACCAAA